AGUUGAGAAUACAGAAGAUCAGAGUCCCAAUGAUGGUCACUUGGUGAAGAUAGCAAUGCUCAGUUGUGUGUGCCUUCAAACAUACAAUGCUCAGUUGUGUGUGCCAUCAAACAUGUUUCUCAACACAAAUACUUUUCGUGUGUCGAGUUCUCGUCCUGAUCGCACUAUUGCUGCCAAUAUAUUCAGUCCAGUACUCGUUGCCCUCGCCGGUCGGCACUUCACGACCCCGACAAAAUGCACAGGUUAUAAGAAGAUAUGGACCCUCGAAGAUUUAUGCCUUAAAAGGCACCGGAGACGAAGCAUAUUUGGACCUCAUCAAAGAUGCGUCACAAAAAGAAACAGGAGAUUCUUUCCUCAUCGCAGACGCCGGGUGGGAAAAUUAUCUUGAUGAGGAAGUAGUAUUGAAAAAGAGGCGUGUUAAAAAAAUGAUUGUUAGAUCCCUGAAGCGAUCGAACUACAUUAAAAAGCAAGAAGUGAAAAGAAUGAGUUUGGACCUAAAAAAGUUAUCCAAUCUCAGAGAAAAUGUUUUAAGCUCACAUUCAAACGCAAACUUUUCUCCUAUCCAAUAUCAAAGCCAUAUAACACAUAUAAAUCAUAAUAUUUCACUAUUUGAUUAUACUGAUAAUGAUGAAAGUUUUGUCGGGCCUUUAGACGAGUCAUCACAAUCCUCCGCAUCACAUACCGUUUUACCUCGUUCCAAUCCUCUAGGAAUUUUCACUGCUAAUACUAAUUCAACCUCAUUAUUAAGAAAUUCUUCAUAUCUCGACUUAUUGACAUAUAAGUCAAAGCCUGGCAAAUAUUUAGUUAGAGCUCCUACAUUUUCAUAUGCACGGAAUAGCCUUCAAAUGUUAGUCAGUGAGCCACCAAUGGGAAGGAAAAAACGUUCCCUAUUAAAUAACGUGAACAAGAAGCAAGUGACGGACAUCAAAGCAUUUCCUCGAUACUCACUUAGAUCUUCGAACGCUUCCAUGCGAGUGUCCGCCAAAAAACCAAAGUCCCAAGUCAAUGCCACGGAAGAAACCCCGAAACAAUUUGGUGUUGUGGACGAUGUCAGUGACAAUACGACGUCACAAAAUGAGUCCGCCCUGGAUAUACCGAGCUGCGUCGAAUGGACAGGAGGACAGAAUACCUUUUAUCAGAUAGGCAAUCUGCUGUGCCUUGUGGCGUUCCUGUUACCACACAACUUCCGGGCAUCGGGCGUAUUGAUGCGCGGCAGCCUAACGUGCGCUAUGCUCCUGUUCUGUGCGUGGGCGUGCGUGCGGUUGUGCGCUAUGGACGUACUGCUGUGGUACGUCGUCCUUGCCACGGUCAACGUCGUGCACGUCUGCAGGCUAGCGUACGUCUUGUGGCCGGCGAGAAUCUCGCCUGAACUCGCAGAUUUCUACGAGAAACUCUUCAGGCCGCUUAAGGUCUCGCGCACGACGUUCGUGCAGCUGGCACGGGAGGGACGGGUCGUACGUCUGCCGACGGGACACAUUUACGCAGAAGAGGACGUCACACCCGCCGCCACCCGUCUGGCCGUCCUGCUCACGGGACGGUUGAGCGUGAGCUGCGACUCUACGCACCUGCACUACGUCUUCCCCAAUCAGUUCGUGGACAGCCCCGAGUGGGAGGCCAGGCAGCUGCUCGACUGCCCGGCCCAAUAUUUCCAGGUGACGGUGGUGAGUGAAGAGGACUGUGCGCUGCUUGUAUGGCAGCGCCCGAAGCUGAUCAGCCUCCUGGCUGACGAGCCUAGCCUCGCUGCCGUUCUGACCAGCCUUGUGGGUCGUGACGUCACAACUAAGCUAUACUCGCUGACGGAGCAGCAAGAGCAGCAGCGCAGCCUCGGCCCCUCAAUGCUCAUGCCCGGGGACCGAAGACGGCCGAGCGUCGCGCAGCGCCGGUACAGCGCCGACGCCCGGCCCUGCGACGGCGACCGCACCAGCAGCCGCGCUCAGUCGUGGCGGCCUUGCCACGGCACCCUCUCCGACCCAGAGAUCCAUGAAAAAGACGAUGGGAAAAUUACCAACGACUUAAAGCCGAUCUCAGGUCGAGAGGUCUUAACAGCCACCGAGCCUCGAGGUUCUUUGGAGUCCUGCAACGAAAACAAAGAAGCAUCGAAGUCUCCCGACCAGUCUUACAAGACUCGAGAUGAACAAGCGAUAUCACCUGAACUGUCUCUGAAAUCUGGAUAUGAAGCGACGACCAAUCUAUCCGACCAAACCCAAUUUUCUGUGAUAAAGAAAGAUGCCAAUCAAGAGGUCCAAACUAGUAGAGAUGCAACAACACAUAGCGAUGCAGGAUGUAAAACUGGGAGCGCCAGAAGAAAGUUAAACGACCAAAGUGCGAGAAGGGGUCCGCCAUUAGCUAGGUUGAAGAAAAGAGACAGCGUCGUGAGGUUCAGCGACUUGACAGAGGAGCUUGAAUGAGCCACCCGGUCAUCAUGAUACUACGUGUAUCUCUAUUUACCAGCUUAUAUGCAACAUUUUAAAUCAGUGACACUCGUAUAAAAAUAAUUCACAACAAUGUUUACAAUAUCUUCAAUAUUUACGAUUCUUUAGUUGAAUUUUAUACGAUUACAUUUAUCAUAAAUAAGUAUUGUUUACCCUAGCAAAUAUAAAGCUUAAACUGAAUUUUAAGGCACUAUUCUUUAAAUACGCUCUAAGCAU